AUUUUCAGAAGAUUUUUCCUUGCCAGGGCCGGCCAUGAGAUAUCUACAUACUGUAUAUAGGUUCCGUCCAGGCUGCAGAGAAGCAAAGUCAUCAGAGAGGUACUGGAUCACCGGACCAAGCUAAUAAUAGUUGCUUAGCCAUGGUCACGAAGAUUUUUCUUGGUAUUUCCCUUUUCGUGAUAUCCAUCCAACUGGUCGCCGGCGACGACGACGGCAGGCUGAGCAAGGUCGUGCGGCAGGUGCCGGCGAUGUACGUGUUCGGGGAUUCGACGCUGGACGUCGGCAACAACAACUACUUGCCGGGUAACGAUGUCCCCAGGGCCAACAUGCCACCGUACGGCGUGGAUUUCAGAGGCUCCAAGCCCACCGGACGGUUCAGCAAUGGCUACAACAUCGCCGACUCUAUCGCGAGGACGCUGGGACUGAAGGAGAGCCCUCCGGCUUAUCUGUCGCUCGCGCCACGAAGCAGCAUCCGUCUGGUCCUCGCCGCGCUCAGCGAAGGCGUCAGCUACGCGUCGGCUGGAUCCGGCAUACUGGACUCCACUAACGCUGGGAACAACAUCCCGCUGUCGAAGCAGGUGAGCCACUUGGCUUCCACGAAGCGCAAGAUGGAGGCCACGGUGGGCGCCCGCGCCGUGCGCCGCCUGCUGUCCGGCUCCUUCUUCCUCCUCGGCACCGGCAGCAACGACGUAUCCGUCUUCGCCGCGACCCAGCCGGCGGCCGGUGACGUGGCCGCGUUCUACGCCAGCCUCGUCUCCAACUACUCGGCCGCCAUUACCGAUUUAUACGAGAUGGGGGCGAGGAAGUUCGCGGUGAUAAACGUGGGCCUGGUGGGCUGCGUGCCAAUGGCGCGGGCGCUGAGCCCAACGGGCUCGUGCAUCGGCGGGCUGAACGACCUCGCCUCGGGCUUCGACGCCGCGCUGGGCCGGCUCCUCGCGAGCCUGGCCGCCGGGCUGCCGGGCCUGUCGUACUCCCUCGCCGACUACCACGGCCUGUCGACGGAGACCUUCGCGAACCCGCAGGCGUCCGGGUACGUGAGCGUCGACAGCGCCUGCUGCGGGAGCGGAAGGCUGGGGGCGGAGAGCGACUGCCUGCCGAAUUCCACGCUGUGCGGCGACCAUGAUAGGUUUGUGUUCUGGGACCGCGGCCACCCUUCCCAGCGGGCCGGCCAGCUCAGUGCCGAAGCUUUCUAUGACGGCCCGGCCCAGUUCACGGCUCCUGUCAGCUUCAGGCAGCUGGCUGACAUGGAUGCUAGCUAUUAGUAGAGGAUUAUUAUUGGUUUUGCAUGUAGUUAUGCUGAGCUACCUUCGAAUAAAAUAUGGUACUUCCCCCCUCUCAUAAUUCUGGUCGAAAUAUUACAUGUAUUUAGUUAUUUUUUAAAAUAAAUAUAUUUAUUUUUGGAUAAAUUUGAGACCGGAAUUAUGAAACGGAGGGAGUACCAAGGAUUGGAUCUUCGAUCUUCCAUGCACUCCCGUCGUAAGAACUUGAGUGAGGAUCCAUCAUGCAUUCUGGCUAAGGAUGUAAUUAAUUAUGAUUUCAAAUUUUCAACAAAUGCAA